AUGGAUAUGAAGCGCAAGUUCCUCGAAAGGUUCUUUUCUGUAUCCUGGGCUGCGAAUUUGCGAAAAGACAUCUGUGGCAUCAAACAAGGGUCAGGGGAGUCUUUAUACGAGUAUUGGAAUCGAUUUAAUAAGUUAAUUUCUAGAUGUCCGCAACAUCAGAUUUCUGAGCAACUUAUAAUCCAAUAUUUCUAUGAAGGACUAACUUCUAUUGACAUGAGGAUAAUCGAUGCUGCUAGUGGAGGAGCUCUCAUGAACAAGACUCCGAGAGAAGCUUGGGAAUUGCUGAAUGACAUGGCUAUGAACUCUCAACAAUUUGGGCCAAGGGAUGCCGUGGGAGUGAAAGAAGUUAUCGGGGUAAGUUCUCCUACACAACAACAACUGAAUGAGUCAACUGCUUAUGUGAGAAAACUUGCAGUAGGGAACGCUCAAGUGAAACCAUGUGGGAUUUGUGCGAGUGUUGAGCAUCAUACAGAUGCUUGUCCUACAUUGACACGAGAGGUGGAAAUGAAUGUUGCAAGAUUUGAUGGCGAGACCACCCCGAUUUUCAAUAUAGAAAUCAGAAUCAGCAAUCCUUUGGACAGUAGCAACCACCGGGAUUCCAACCACCUAUGCAGCAGCAGCAACAAUGGACCAUGCCCCAAGCUCCUAGUCCUGCAAGAGACGAGAAAUAGUAUAAAAAGCUUGGAAGAUCAGAUGUCUCAAGUCGUGAAAGAAGUGCGUGAAAUGAAAGAAAGGGAGAGAGGCAAGCUACCCGCUCAAACCCAUAUCAACCCGAAAAAUGUUAGUUCAAUGAUCUUGCAUAGUGGUAAGGAGUUGGAGGGUCCGAAGGUUGUUGCACAAAAAGAGAAAGCCGAAGAGGAGAUUGAGAAGGAGAUCGAGCAAGAAGCGAACAAGUUAGCAAAACUGGCUAAGAGUGGCAAGGACAAGGAGAUCAUGGAGAUGUUUAAGAAAGUGCAGCUAAGCAUUCCUUUGCUUGACGCAAUUAAGCAAGUCCCCCAUUAUGCAAAAUUCCUAAAGAAGCUGUGUACUAAGAAGAAAAAGUUGAGAGGGGAUGAAAAGUUGCUAGCUGGAGAGAUUGUGUCUGCGAUAUGCAUGAUGAAAAUUCUCCUAAUCUUUCACCAAUUUUGGUUGGAUGCCCUUUUAUGCACACACAAAAUUGAUGUUAGAACAGGGACACUUACCAUGGAAUUCGAAGGUGUAAUGGUUCAUAUCAAUAUUUUUGAUGAAUCGAAUGAUCCCGUGGAACCUUACGUUUUGUAUUGUGUAGAUGUCCUUGAUGAAAAUGUGUAG